AUGAAAGACGGUUUUAUUUCAGCAAGGGGCGAUUUUAUGUCAUUAUGGAGGUCUGACAUAGGCUUGCGGGAAAUGGAGGAGUGCACUGGUAAUGUGGAAAAUAUUAACACAGCACGGGAAAGUACAUUACCUUCAAACACGUCCGGAGAUGAAACAACCGUGGACGGAGAAUGCGGUCUGGAAAAUGCCGAGGAAGAUCGCGCAGUCGGUUCUAUCUCUUGGAAGUUAUAUUGGCAUUAUAUACGAGCUGGAACGUGUACCAUUUUAGCUGGGGUCAUGUUCAUCUUUGUUCUUCUUGUCCAAGGUUGAGUAUGUUCAGCUAUCUUGUAAAAAAGUAUUUUAAUUUCCCCAGGGGGAGGGGGGCAUUCCCAUAUUUAAGGUACAUAGGAAUAAUCCGCAGAAUAGGCCAGUUGAACUAAGAGGUCACGUGACCAAUGCUUCCUUUAAACGAUGAGUUGGAAUCUUGCUGAUGCCAAAAAUUGACAGCGCACAUAAAAAUUAUCUUACACCCGAAAUUUGAGAGGAAAUGCAUUUAAGGGAGAUAUUUUAUGGCACUUUGAUUUUUCAACAAAGCAGUAUGAUUUGUAUUGGCCGCCAUGUUGGAGGGGAUCCACUUGCCCUCCAACAUGGCGGCCAAAACUACUUUUUGCUUAUAUCUUGUUAAACGUUUGAUAGUUACGCUCAGAUGUGCUGUAAACGUUACCACAUCAUCUUUUCAACAUUUCCCUUAAACUUUAAGUGGAAAAUUUGUGUUCAGAAAGAUGUAAUUCCUAAUUUUAAAAAUCACAUUUUGGUCACGUGACCAGCUACGAACUUACUCAUUUUAAGAAAAUGGUGCGGGUUUGACAAACCAAAUCCCUAUUAUUUUGUUUAACAUAUGACCCACUAAUCGUUUUUCGAAGGCAAAAUCGUAUAACUUUCAUUUUCAGAAAACGAUGUCACAUGACCACUUAGUGCAAAUGGCCUAUUAUAGAGAUUAUUGUGCCCCUCAGAAAGUCUGAAGGAUAAAAUGACAAGCAUGUGAGAUUAUAUAGCAGGAAAAGUAUAACGACAAGCGGAUUCAACGGUAUUUUCAAUUAAUUAACUCAUUAGUAGAAUUUAUAGGGGACUACGUUUGACCUGGCUUGAUGAUAAUUGAGACUGACGAAUGAACCUGUCUUCCUUUUAUAUUGAUCAUCAAGCGUCCCUAGUUCUUCCCGACUGGUGGCUUCUUCAAUUGACCAGUAGAUCACAUGAUCCCCAUCGUCAAAGUCAAGACCUUUCCAUUUAUGGUUACCUAGUUGGUGCAGCGUUCUUACUACUAAUCAUCAGAUCAGCCGCGGUCAUGAACGUGUUGAUUAACUCAUCGAUGAGCCUUCAUAACUUAAUGCUGUCAGCAGUAGUAAAAGCUCCAGUUUUGUUUUUUGACACCAAUCCAGUUGGACGAGUGUUGAACAGGUUUUCCAGAGAUAUCAAUAUCAUGGAAGAGUUGCUGCCAGAAGCAUUCAUGAUGGCCCUCCAGCAGGUUCUGUACUGCCUUGGAGCAGUUAUAUUUCAAUCCGUGUUAAUCCCCUGGAUAAUACUUCCAGCAAUCCCGCUCAUGGUUAUUUUUGCUUUGAUUGGUCGAUAUUACCUCAAUCCAUCACGUGACUUGAGGCGUCUAGAGGCAGUCAAUCGAAGUCCAGUACUGUCUCACUUCAGGGACUCGUUGGAGGGACUGGUGACCAUUCGAGCUUACAAAAAGGAAAAUAUGUCUAUGGAAGCUUUGUACAGGUUUGUGUGUGUUAACUUCAUCCUUAAGUACAACCCACUUAUUAAUUUUCCUGCGAUGUCAAUGGAUGAAACAUGUUACAAACUACCUAAUCAAUUGGUUAGAAGUCAGUUAUGGGUCGCAAGUGCCCAUUUCAAAUUGAAAAAUCCAUCUCUCAUAUAGGCCUAGCGGACACAGCGUAGUAGAUUUUCAGGCUACCUAUAGGUUCAUCUUUUGCACCGAUGAACAGUUGGCUACUCAGAGCUCAUCAGAGCAUCAUUUCCUGAAAUUGAGAGAUUUACGUGUCAACACUUCUGCUAACCUUCUCCUAGCCUUUCAUACACUCAGACAACUCUUGAAAUCCGCCCUUCCGUGAAAAAGGUAUAUAUACCUUUUGGGUCAAGCCUCAUCGUAUCAGUAGACCAUUAAAGGGAGUACCUGUGAGGCUUUCAAUGAGAUCAAUAAAGCAAGGCACGCUUUUCUAGAUUUCUUCAAAGCGAUUGACCGUGCGGUUUUUUUGGUUGCCUUUAUCAGAUACCAAGAUGACCACAAUCGAGCCUAUUUUGCCGUUUUUGCAGCACUGAGAUGGCUAAACAUCCGUCUGGACAUGAUCUGCGUCAUCUUUGUUACAUUUGUCGUUUAUCUUGCAAUCAUUACUCAGUCUGAAUCAGGUAAUAUAAAACAACAAAAAUGAUCUAUCUAUUUAUGAUCCAUAUCUAUCUAUCUAUCUAUCCAUCCAUCCAUCCAUCCAUCCAUCCAUCCAUCCAUCCAUCCAUCCGCCCGCCCGCCCGCCCGCCCGUCCGCCCGUCCGUCCGUCCGUCCGUCCAUCCAUCUAUCUAUCUAUUGAUCUAUCGAUCGAUCGAUCGAUCGAUCGAUCGAUCGAUCUAUCUAUCUAUCUAUCUAUCUAUCUAUCUAUCUAUCUAUCUAUCUAUCUGUCUGUCUGUCUGUCUGUCUGUCUGUCUAUCUAUCUAUCUAUCUCUAUCUAUCUAUCUAUCUAUCUAUCUAUCUGUCUGUCUGUCUGUCUGUCUGUCUAUCUAUCUAUCUAUCUAUCUAUCUAUCUAUCUAUCUAUCUAUCUAUCUAUCUAUUUAUCUAUCUAUCUAUCUAUCUAUUGAUCUAUCUAUCUAUCUAUCUAUCUAUCUAUCUAUCUAUCUAUCUAUCUAUCUAUCUAUCUAUCAUCCAUCCAUCCAUCCAUCCAUCCAUCCAUCCAUCCAUCCAUCCAUCCAUCCAUCCAUCCAUCCAUCCAUCCAUCCAUCCAUCCAUCCAUCCAUCCAUCCAUCUAUCCAUCCAUCCAUCCAUCCAUCCAUCCAUCCAUCCAUCCAUCCAUCCAUCCAUCCAUCCAUCCAUCCAUCCAUCCAUCCAUCCAUCUAUCUAUCUAUCUAUCUUUAUAAAAUAACUGAGAUAGUACGCGUGAUCUGAUUGGUCAAAAACCUAUGGUUUAUUAUUCGGGUAAACCCAUAGAAAAAGGCAUCCGGACCACGAGCCAUAAACAAAACCGGAUUGAUCUGCAAACAACGAUUUUAGAACGGCUAAAAAACAGAACAAGUUACUUACCCAGCCCUUCUUAAUAUUAAAAGCGUUGGUUUCCACAUUUUAUUACUGAGCCUCACAAUUCGCUACUGCCAUAGCUUUAGAAGUUAUAAAGUACAAAGCUGGAAAACAGUUUACAUUUCACGACAAUGCCAAUCGCAGAGAAAGACAACAACUGUGUGAAUUUCUGGUGUAGAGAGUCUCUAGGAAAACUUAACCAUGUGCCAACCAGCAACAAAACGGAUAGUUUUAGCAUUCUUGAUUUAUUUUAUGUCAAAAUUAAAUUCCUUAAUGAAAGAAAUUGUUCCAAAAAGAGAUCUCUGAUCAAGAUAUGGUACAAAAUCGCCCGCUGUAGGUUCAGUAAACAAACUGCCAACGAUGAUGAAAGAUGUCAGAGUUUCGGGCUGGUUUUUUCCAACAUUUGCACAAAUUAUUCGGUGAUAUCGAUGCCAUAACCUACCUCAAACCACCUGACUUCACGAAUCGACAAAUAUUAACGCCAAUAUGUGGCUACGGCAAAGAAACCUUUGACCACUGACAUAUUUCCAUCGGUCGCUGUACGUGCAUAUAAAGUUACAUGCGACAACUUCGCAAAUGCAGCCACGUCGUUACCGCAGCAUUUCUUGAUCAUUAUAAAGUCCAGAAAACAGAUCUUAAACCACUGCGGCUUGUAAGAAGUGAAUGAAGUCCUCCAUUACAAUAGCUGUCAGUUCCGUCUGUAACAAUGAAAUUCUUACGGAUCGACUCAACAAAAUACAGCUGCGUACAGUCUGAUGUCCAAUUAAUUUCUACUUCUGUAGUAAACAAACCAUGAACUUAUUCUUUCAUUCUACGUUCGCAUGAAUUUGUGUUGACUUUUCCUGUAAAACAGCUUUCAUAAGUUAUCAUGUAAUGAGUGCAAAAACUCGUGUUUUGAAGUGCUGCUGUUUGUUGUUUGACUGAACUGAGUUUUCUGAGUUUUGAGAAAGUUCAACGCUAUUAAAUCGAGAGUUAUGAUUGGCUUAUGAUGACUUUAGAGAGAAGACGUGACUUGAUCACGGUACUAAAACAAUAUUUUUUACCUAAAAGACUCCAUUCUUCUAGAAGUUAUUUUAUAAAAGCAAUAGACCACACUUUCUAUGGGUUUACCGGCGUGAUAACCCACUUGGGAUGUUGGGAGAACACUCGAAAAGCUUGUAAAUCACUCGCCUUCGGCUCGUGAUUUACAAGCUUUUCUCGUGUUCUCCCAACGUCCCGCGUGGGUUAUCACGCCGGUAAACCCAUAGAAAGUGUGGUCUAUUGCUUAAAUCUAUCUAUCUAUCUAUCUAUCUAUCUAUCUAUCUAUCUAUCUAUCUAUCUAUCUAUCUAUCUAUCUAUCUAUCUAUCUAUAUCAUAAAUUAUUUACAACGCACAAAAAAUAUCCCUAUGAUAUUUCCCACGAGUGCAUGCAAAACAUAGAUUUAAGUAAGAUAGUUAAGGUUGUGAAAGCUAUCAUCUUUGUGACGAUUAGUGUUCACAAUCAUGAACUCGUCAAUCCCCUUAUUAGUCAUGCAGGAAAUGAUUUCAGUGCACACCCCCUGAAUGGAGGUUGAACCCGGGUUUUAGGACCCAGAAAAAAGAGUCCGGCUUUCUCCCGCAUAAAGCUAGAUGUCCCUUCAAUAAGGGAGGCAACAGAUGUAUUUACGGGACCAAAUGAAUUUUGUGUCCUCUGAAUGGAGGUAGCCACACCAUACCACGUCGUAUUUAACAAUUAUUCCGGGAGCCCGAAUGGGCUCUGACUCAAUAGCCCAUGAGGCCGAAGGCCGAAAGGGCUAUUGACAGAGAGGCCAUGAGGGCGAGAGGAAUAAUUGUUUUAGUAAAAUCCAACUAGUUGGUCAAAACUAUCGAGAAUAAAAAAAUUUUAGCUCGUUGAAGCUAGACUUUACUGCGCUUUUCACAAACAUGCGAACUCUAAAGUUCAAAAGCCGCCUUCGCAAUUGCGUUUUUCGCUGCCGUCAAUCAUAAUUACGAUCACAAGCAACGAACCUUGAAACACAGAAACACCCAAAACGGAUCGAAAUCCACCAAUCACAAAUCACAAACCUUGACCUUUUGAACCCGAUAAAGUAAAGUUUUGUUUCCUAAGAGGUCCGUUAAGAUGAUUGACGGCAGCGAAAAACGCAAUCGUCAGUUGGCUUUUGAACUUCAGAAUUCGCCUGUUUGUGAAAAGGGCAGUAAUCCAAUUUUUUGCCGCCAAAAAGCCCACGCUUUUCGCUACAAGUAGGCUAUAACAUAUAACCGUAGUAGUAGCGCAACCAAUCAGAACGCAGCAUUGAUAAUAGAUCACUAGUUGGAUUUUACUAACAUGCAUAAUUUCUCGUCAUUAUUUUACUUCUUAUAUAUUUCUGUAAAUUCGUGAUAUCUCAAUAAACCUUAUGAAGACUGGUAUUGGCCAGUCGAAAUAUCGCAACUAAACUGUAUUUUUUCACGUUAUUUGAUCAGUCCCUGCAAAAAUCGUCUUGAUUAUAUAACGUUUUCAGUUUGAUCUAUUUUGACUGAUCACGAUCUUUUUGGAUCCGACGUUGAGCAAGAUUGAUCUUACACGGUUUUUGUGGUGUUUUUUUUUGCCUUAAUAAAACAUUGAAUGGAGGUGUCCUUUGAAGACGUGUCCCAAAAGAUAGUUUCCACUAUUGUCUUUUUUAAUUACAUUUCAGGAAUAUAACAAAAGAUUAAUACUUGGAAACAAAUCUUGGUGAAAUAAAACGUUAAUGCAUAUUAGAGAUGAGUGGUUAAGUUAGCUGAAAAAAGAACUGAUAAUGAUUGGCCAUGCACGAAACAUUCUGAAUGUCACAUGAUAGCUUCACCAUUGGAUAUCAGAGCUCCCUUUCACGUUUUUUAAUGAUUUUCUUUUGUAGAUUUCGUGCUUAUAUCAACUGGAAAAGUAUGAAGCAUUAAAAGUAUAAAUUUUGACUAAAACGUUACUUGACGUUCCCCAAUAGCAUCUCCUCAAUCCCCUAAAUUUUCGAACAAUCCCGUAACCCCGAGGGCUAUUUCUGACAUCCCACCCGGGCGGUGUGCACUUUUAAUCCCGAAUCUCGCUCCCAUUUUGCUUUAAGGUCCCGAAUCCCAAGCUUCAAAUAAAGGCAAACCCGGAUCCUGAAAAGCCUAUAAAGGACUCUCCUACUUGUCUACUUGCAGGGAUUGCAGCAUUGUCUAUUGUAUACGCCCUACAGCUAACUAUGGAUACCUCUCAGUAUGCCGUGAGAAUGGCUUCAGAAACUGAAAACUACAUGACGUCUGUUGAACGUGUUGUCAAGUACAGUCAAAUAGAGCAAGAGCCUGGGUACCAGAAUCAUCGACAGCCUCCAGAACACUGGCCGCAGUACGGUCAAGUACAAAUAAAAGAUCUGGAACUUGUUUACUACCAUGGCGGACCCAAAAUACUUAAAGGUAUUACUUUUAUUAUUAAUCCACAAGAGAAGAUCGGAAUUGUUGGUCGCACUGGUGCUGGCAAGUCUUCAUUGAUUGCAGCCCUGUUUCGAAUGCCUCAACCCACUGGUUACGUCAUCAUCGAUGACGUCAAUGUCAGUGAUGUUAACAUUCAAAGUUCUCGGAGAGCUAUGGCAGUUAUUACCCAAAAUCCUGUUUUGUUUACGGGUACACUGCGUAUGAACUUAGAUCCUUUUGAGGAGUACGAAGACAUGGAAAUCUGGAAUGCUUUGAAGGAUGCGAGUUUGGGAGCCAUGGUGGAAAAGCUGCCGCUGCAACUGAACCAGUUGGUUAAGGAAAGCGGCAGCAAUUUCAGCUCCGGGGAAAGGCAACUUUUGUGUCUGGCUCGUGCUUUAUUGAGGAAGAACAAAAUUAUAGUAAUGGAUGAAGCGACGGCAAAUGUGGAUCCCAAAACAGAUCAAUUAAUUCAGGAAACAAUUCGCACGAAAUUUAAACAUUGUACCGUGAUUACAGUCGCUCAUCGAUUGAACACAAUCAUGGAUUAUGAUCGAAUUUUGGUCCUGGAUCACGGAAGAGUUGUUGAGUAUGACAAACCAGAAAUUUUACUUCACAAUGAAGAUGGACAUUUUUGUAAACUUUGUCGUAACUAUGGUGAUCAUGCCAACCAACUUUAA